AUGGCGUCAAGAGAGUCCCAGGAAGGACUUUUAGAACUCGAAAACCUUCAAAAUACCCCAGAAUAUCCUCUAUAUCCUAAUGAUCCCAUGAUGAGCCUUGAAGUGGAAUUCCAGAUGUGGAAAAGACUCGGCUCGUCUUCAAAACUUGUUCGUCUUGUCCUCAACGAAAAUACGACUGUGGAGGAGGCCAGUGAAAAGGCUUUCCUAGAGACCCUCCACUCUCUUCCAAAAGACCGCCGUGUGCUCAUUAGAAGAAAAGAUUCCGAUGUGUUGUCGACGAUUGUGGAUAUGAAUGUACAGAUCAAGCACCUCGUCAAGGAAGAUGAUAUUUUGGUUCUUCUAGAUAGUUUUAGGGGGUACAUGACAAGGAUGAUCAUCUUUGCUCUCAUUAACUUGGCUGCCACAUUGGCUGUUGCAGUGGCACUGUCCACUAUCCUUAUCACAUCUUUAUCUCAGAUUGACCAAGGCCACUCCAAUGAGUCGGAAGACAGUCACUAA